UUGAUUGGAAGAGCCUUUCCCUUGACGGCUGGAUGUCCAAUUGGAGACUCCAUACGCGUUUACUCGGGAACAAAGGAAACCCACACCUAUCACAAUACCAAUGGAAUGACAGUCCCUGUCCGCUCCUCACGAUCAUCAUUUACCUUCCUCAUCAAGCUUCCCCAUUUUCUCGCAUUUAUGAAUUCAGAUAGAGCUUUCACAGCAUAUCCUCGAGCUUUCCUUUUCAAUUUCCAUCAAGGGAUUCGAUCUCAACGCCAAGUGGUGAAGAAAGAUGGUGAAGGCUGCAAAAGGGAAGAAGCAAAAGAGAGUUCAUCAGAUCCUAUAGCAAUGGCAGCGGUUGAAGCCAUGCGAGCGAAAGGAGAGAAGAAGAAAAUCUAAGGAGGGCAAGAGCUUGAGUAAAGGGUGCAUGCCGGGCAAAGGAGGGCCUGAAAAUGGGCUGUACAAUUACAAAGGCGUUAGGCAGCGCAAAUGGGGGAAAUGGGUGGCCGAAAUCGGCGAGCCCAACAAUGGAAGGCGCCUCUGGCUCGGCACCUUCAAAACCGCCGAUGAGGCCGCUCUUGCAUAUGAUCAAGCCGCUCAAAUCAUGUACGGCUCUUCUGCCUCCUUCAAUAAUCCUCAACCUCAAGCUGAUACCAAUGUGAGUGAUUCAGAGCCAAGUGAAGAGCAGUCUCCCAGUUUUAAAAGCACCCAUUGCGAUCUGCAUGCUGCUCAUGACGAGCUGCUGAGCAUAGAUAUAGAUGAGAUGUUCAAGAUCUUUGAGGAUUAUGGAGAAGGAGAUGAGAUGUUCAAGAUCUUUUAGGAUAAUGGAGAAGGAGAUGACAAUUUUUCAUUUGAAACGCUGAGUGAUACAGCGUCCUGCAGCUCUUCUGAGACGUCUACGCCAUAGCAAUUUGUGGCUAUAUAGUAACUAGAGUACACCAUGGGAUUAGUUAGAAAAUGAAGUUUAGGAUGGUGGUUUUGUAAAAAUCCUCUUUUAUAUAGGAAUGUUCGUUUUGGUUCUGUUGGAAGGAUAAGGACUCUGAUGAAUCUCUCCUUCCAAAACUACAAUCCUGUAUCUAUUUUAUGUUUACGUUGAUUAAUGAGAUAUACAA